AUGAGUCAAUCUCCCGUGAAAAAAGAGCCGAUUGUAAUCUCAACAAGUGGAUCCGCGAAGGCGGGAUCUUCUUCCGAAUCAGGCUGGCAGGAGAUUCCACUCAAGCUGUGUACGACCGACGAGGUUAAGGACAUCCGCUUUCACAUCAUGCGGUUCCAGAACAAGCAGGAUGUGAAUAUCAUGGAUGAGUUCACCAAACCGGUACGUUUGCAUAGAAAAGAUCCACGGAAUAUCCAGUUCCAGCUCACUAGAGCGGAGAUAGAUCUCCGUAAAAAGGAGCAGGAAGAAGCCAAACUUGAGCGGCAACGGCUCAAAGAGGAAGCCGAAGAGUUAGCUGAAAAGGAGGCUAUAGAGAAGGGAGAAGAUCCCAAGAAAUACCGCAAGAAUGGACCGGAUAUGUCGCAGGUAGCACCUGAUGGAGGAGCCAGGAAAGCGAAAAAGAAUCUUUUCAAACGUAAAACGAGACAGAUUAACCUCAUGGAUGAUGAAAAACGGAAAUUGCGGUAUGAAGAGUACUAUCCAUGGGUUGUGGAAGAUUAUGACGGCAAAAACGUCUUUGUAGGUAAUUAUGAGGCUGGCUCCAGUGAGUCUCAACAUGUGCUCUUUGUAUUUGAUAAGGACGGCUUCAAGAUGGUUCCGGCAGAAAAAGUGUAUAAGUUCACUCCUCGUAACAAGUAUGCGACCUUGACAUUAGAGGAGGCUGAAGCAAAGAUGGAAAAGAAUCUGUCUGUGCCCAGAUGGCUCAUGAGACAUAUGGAAGAUAAAUCGAAUGCUUCAGACAGUACUCCUGAUCAAAGAUUUCGUAACAGCGUUCCAAGCAAUGGAAGUGUCCUACCAGCUGGUGGAAGUUCUAGUAGAAGAAGAUUACGAACUGUUAGCGGCGGAGGUGGCUCCAACGAUAGAGAUUCUGAUCACGACGAUUUGGAUUUUGAUGAAGAGUUUGCAGACGACGAAGAAGCACCGAUUAUGGAUGGGGACGAAGAAGAGAACAAGUUAUCUGAGCAGAAGAUCAAGAAGGAAAUGUUGAAAGCUGCUCAUUUUGAUGGGCAGUCUGAUGCCGAGGGUGAUGAUGAUUUGGAAGAUUUGUUUGAGACAGAAAAGUCCAGAAAAGUAGACAAGGAAGGUAAGAAGUUGCGGAAGGUGUUGAACAAGCGUGAAGGAGGAGUCUACGACAGUGACGAGGACGAAAAUUUGAAUCCUUACCUUUCAAAAUCGGAUUUGGAAAGCGAUGACGAGAGCGAUGAGGAGACAGACGUAAAGAAAGAAGACGACCCCAAUGCCAGUGACUUGAAACCAACCAACGUGCCCCGUUCCUUCUACGCAUACAACAUAGGCGAUGGUUUUGUUCUUAUAAAAGCACCAGCAGACUUCUUGAAGGGUUUUCCACAAGGUGAAUGGACUCCAAAUGGUAGAAAAAGACCUUCUCCAGGGGCCACGGCUUCUCCAAGAAAGAAGAUAAAGAUAGAGGACGGCCUGGCUCCUCCUAAGCUUAAGCUCAAGAUCAAGUCUGAGAGCAGCAGAGAAAGUAUGUCACCUUCCCCAGUCCCUCAGCCAGCUGCUGCUAGCGUAGACUUGAAUUCAGCAGGGCCCGAUAACGUCCUUGUUACGGUGAAGGAAGUGCUAGACAUUGUUAGAGACAACCCACUUACAACAAAAGAAUUGUUGUUCCGGUUGAAGAGCAGAGUCAGUGCCAAUAAAGAGAACAAGCUUCGGAUCAUUAAUAUUGUCAAGCAGAACUUGAGGUUGGUGGAUACGAAGUUGGUGUUGAAGGAGUAACGAUGAUAUCAAUAUAUUAUAUAUUUGACUAGUGUACAUACUACAGAAUAAAAUUAACGAAUAGAACC